GAUCACGUAAAUAGGAGAAGGAAGAAUACAACCACAUUUGGCGCUCAUUCUUAAAACAACUAACAUCUCGCUGCUGAUUGGUUACAUUGCCGACUGGUUUGCAUUGACAAGACAUAUAUAAAACAACCCUCCACGUAUCAGCCAAUUCACUCUCCUUUCAGCUAAGAAACGAAGAUGUUCGCUUGUAAUCUCAUAAUUCUUAUUGGUGUCAUUUUAGUAUCUUAUAACAAUGCUAUGGUCUUAAACGCUGAUGACGGUCUUAAUGAUGAAUUGGCAAUUCAUCGUCUGUUGCAAGUAUUCGGAAUUGAACACCUUGGACAGAGAGAACGCCAUCAUUCUCCACCUGAAUACAUGUUAGACUUGUACAAUGCUAUUGCUGAUAGUAGCGGAAUAACGCGCACACCUAACCCAUACUACGCUACGAUUGUACGCAGUUUUCCCGAUAAAGGUGAGUGGUCUAUAAAUUGUAUCAAAGUAGUAACAGUUAUUAAAGUUCGAGUAUACCAAGUCAUGUCUGCAGAUAACAAAUACAAGGAAACUGGUAACAAAAUUUUGGACGUGAGAAGAAUCAGUGCUCAUUCUUAUGGGUGGGAAGUCUUCUAUGUGAAACCAGCUGUUUUAGAUUGGUUGAAGGACGAAACACAAAAUUUUGGUCUCUUGGUGACGGUAAAAACUAUAAUGGGUACCCCAAUUACUGAUGGCACAUUAAGAUUUGCCAAAAGACAUCAACAUCAUAUUAACAAACAACCGAUUUUAGUCCUGUUCAGCGAUGAUGGAAAGUCAAAGCAGAAAUCUUCAUUUCCACAAUUUGAUUUUCAUAAUUAUGGAUAUCCGGAAUUGUCGUAUUACAGUCAACUAAAUCGUGCACCUACAAAUAAAGAAUUACCAAUAAAUAACAGUACAAGUAACGGUCGUUUAAGACGUUCUACAGAAGAUAAUGUAUCAGAGGGGUGUAGUCGACACGAACUUUAUGUAGACUUUGAAAAAAUAGGAUGGUCAACUUGGAUAAUUUCACCGAAAGGUUACAACGCCUACCAUUGCAAAGGAGAAUGUUUGUUUCCCUUAGGGCAAAACCAAUGGCCCACUAAUCACGCGACAGUACAAAGCAUUGUCCAUCAACUUAGUCUGACUGCAGGGGUAGAUACCCCAUGCUGUGUACCUAACAAACUCUAUUCAAUUAGUUUACUGUAUUUUGACGAACAUGAGAAUGUUAUCCUCAAACAAUACGAUGACAUGGUUGCUGCAAGUUGCGGUUGCCAUUGAUUCCCAUUGUAAAAUUUUCAGUUGUUUGUUCAAAUUUAAAACACCAAAGACACCAUGGGGCUUUCAAUAUCUUCGACAAUGAUGGUGUUGGUGUUUACAUCUUUAGUAUCUUUUAUGUGAUAUUUAUUCUUACAGAACUUUAUAUAUAUAUAUAUAUUGAAAGAACCCAAGUUUAAGAGUAUCCUCAAGAAAAAUGUUAAAAAGUCAAUGUAAAUGUAUAGAAACUUUGAAAAAUUUUUAUUCUUAAUGAUGAAAACAGUACAAAUUUCUACAAAAUAAUAUUUGUCUUUAAUUCCAUAGCUAAAAUAUGCACUGAUUUGCAUCUAUUGAUGAUACAUAUUGUUAAUCAAAUAAUUUGAUGAUAAAUAAAUUUAGGAAAUGUGUUCUUUGAUGUUUCUAAGGAAACAGAUGAUUUCUUUGGAAAUCUUUGAAAAAAUGAAGAAUGUUUUAUCUUGUAAAUAUUUUACAGUUGGAAAAUAAAGACAAAAUGAUGUCGCGGUUGUGUUUUUAUGUAAUUUAAAUUAUUAUUAGGUCAUGUCUGUACAUAAUGUAAUCAUUGAA